AUGGAGUUUGACAUAACUUAUACUCCACAAAAAGCAAUCAAAGGUCAAGCAUUGGCAGAUUUUCUUGCUGUGCAUCCUUUGCCCGAUGAAUCUCCCUUGAGAUGUGAUCUCCCAGAUGAAGAGACUUUGGCAAUUGAAGAGGGAAAACAAUGUUGGCAAAUGUACUUCGAUGGAGCUUCUUCUAUCCAACCAGCUGUUAGACCUAAAAUUCCUCAAGUUAGAGCUGGUAUUGGACUCAUCUUCAUUUCUCCUGAAGGUGGGAUCCUGAGAUACUCUCUUUCUUUGUUAAAGCCAUGUACUAAUAAUGAAGCAGAAUAUGAAGCUCUUAUUGAUGGAUUUGAGCUAGCAUCGAUUAAUGGAAAAGCAAAUAGUUUAGCCAAAUUGGCAAAAGAGUUGGCUGAUCCAGAUCAAGAGGAGAUCCAAGUCACCAUUCGAAACAGGCGAGUGCUGAGCUCAUGCUUUGAUGAAGAAUUAGAAAAAACGAAGCUCAGAAAAGAAGAAAUUCUGACAGUGGUUGACGAUGAUUGGAGAGAGCCUUUCAUUAAAUACUUGAAGUAUGGCGAACUCCCAGAUGAAAAGUCUCUAGCUACGCAGUUAAAGAAAAGGGCGAUGAGGUUUACCCUUGUUAAUGAUGUUCUCUAUCGAAGAUCAUAUGAUCAACUCCUGCUAAGAUGUCUCUCGAAGGAGGAGUCUGAAGAAGUCAUGCAUGAAGUCCAUUUUGGUAUUUUUAGAGCUCACCAGUCAGGACCAAAGAUGCGUUUGAAGAUCAAGCAUAUUGGAUGCUAUUGGCCAAGCAUGAUUAACGAUUGCCUACAAUAUGCAAGACGGUGUAAAUUGUGCCAAGCUCAUGGGGAUUUCAUCCAUCAACAUCCCAACCCCUUACACCCUACAAUAUCUUCAUGGCCUUUCAAGAUGUGGGGGACUGAUGUGAUAUGCCCUAUUGAGCCUCCAUCAUCAAGAGGGCAUCUCUUUAUAUUAGUUGCCACUGAUUAUUUUUCACGAUGGGCAGAAGCCAUUCCUUUAAAGGAAAAAGCAGUUUUGAAAAGUCAAAGGGAUUGGCACGAAAGGCUUCCUGAAAUUUUAUGGGCAUACCGGACAACAUAUCGAACACCAACUCAAUCAACACCAUACUCGUUGGUUUUUAGUACAGAAGCUGUCCUACCACUUGAAGUUCAGAUUCCAUCUCUAAGGAUUGCUUUACAAAAUGAACUUACAAAUGAAGAUAGAGUUCGCUUGCAUUUGGAUGAACAUGAUGCUCUGGAUGAAGGAAGGUUAGAAGCCCAACAUAAUCUUGAAGUCUACAAAGCAAGGAUGGCUCGAGCUUACAAUAAGAUGGCUCACAUUCGAACUUUCGAGAAAGGGGAGAUGGUAUGGGUGUUAAGAAGACCGAUCAUCACCAACAAGCAUCCUGGGGGCAAGUUCAAGUCAAAUUGGGAAGGCCCGUACAUUAUAGAGGUCGUCUACGAAGGUGGAUCUUAUCAUCUAGUCGACGCCGAUGGAAGGAGACCUAUGUCACCCAUCAAUACGCGUUUUUUGAAAAAAAUAUUAUCCAUGAUGUACAUGUAA